CGCCUGCUGGGACGAGGGGGCUGCGCAGCCCUGCCUUGCAGCAUGCUAGAUCCGGAGGGCAGUGUGGAGCACAGGCUUGCCCCGUCCUUGCCCAGAGCUGCCCUCCUCUCCCUAGCCAUGCUGCUGGCCGUGGCGGCCCUGCUGCUCCUGGCCCUCUCCGCCUCUCAGCAGAAAGAAGUGGAUUUUUACACCUUUAAAGUGGUCAACAUCAGGGGCAAGCUGGUUUCCUUGGAGAAAUACAGAGGCUCGGUGUCCCUGGUGGUCAAUGUUGCGAGUGAAUGUGGCUAUACAGACAGCCACUACAAAGCUCUUCAACAGCUGCAGAGAGACCUCGGCCCAUAUCAUUUCAACGUGUUGGCAUUCCCAUGUAAUCAGUUUGGGCAGCAGGAACCAGACAGCAACAAAGAAAUUGAGAACUUUGCCCGAAAGACUUAUGGAGCCACCUUCCCUUUGUUCAGCAAAACUGCGGUCAGUGGUGCUGGUGCCAACGCUGUCUUCAAAUACCUAAUUGAAUCCACGGGAGAGGAACCAACCUGGAACUUCUGGAAGUACUUGGUGAAUCCUAAGGGGAAAGUGGUGAAGGCCUGGGACUCUACUGUCUCUAUUGAUGAGAUAAAACCUUACAUCAAUGAGCUUGUAAGGAACAUCAUCCUGAAGAAGAAAGAUGAACUGUGACUUUCAAAAGUCCUAUCAUGUCUAUCACGUCUUCACUGAGGAUUAGGGCUGUUAUUCCAACAUUCAUUCCAAAAAAGAGAAGGGAAUCAUGGCUAACAGAAGCUACUUACAACUUAAUCCUAUAAACACAGGGACACAAUAACAAGGUGGUGGUUAAAAGGGAUUUAGUUUAUGCUUUUAAAGUAUAAACUAAAUUGAAUUUGUGCCUUCCUAGGAAAGAAAAUCAGGAAACAUUUAUUUGUGUCCUUACUCAAAUUACUGAUUGUUGAUGAAAUUGUAAGCAGCCAUUUAGGAUCUCUCUAAGCAGAAAGACUCAAUGCAACUUGAAUUUCCUUAGAGAGAUUUUAUCAGCAACUACAAUUCACCUUCCAUGACUUUGACCAUGAACUUCAUUU